CGAAUUCAGCGAACAAAUUGGCGCGAAUUCCAGUCUCCGUCGCCCUUGGAGAGCCCUAUAAAAGCGCCCAUGGCGACGCCAUUUCAAUCAGUUCAUCAUUUCGCUCCGAAAGCGCCAACAGCCUGCACGCAAUAUUUGCACACGCCCAAGAACCAAUUUGCUGAUCCUCGCAAGAAAUGGCAUCCGUACGCACCAUGAACGAUUACCAGAAACGCAUCGAGGCGGCCGACGACAAGCUGAUCGUGCUGGACUUCUAUGCCAAGUGGUGUGGUCCGUGCAAGGACAUGGAGGGCACCGUGAAAUCGCUGGCCAGAAAGUACUCCAGCAAGGCGAUCGUCCUCAAGAUCGAUGUGGACAAGUUCGAGGAGCUGACGGAACGCUACAAGGUCCGCAGCAUGCCCACCUUCGUCUUUUUGCGCAACAAUCGCCGGCUGGCCGCCUUCUCCGGCGCCGACGAGCACAAGCUGACCAACAUGAUGGCCAAGCUGGUGAAGGCUUAAGUACGUCCAGCAUCUCAUCAUUCGGAGGAGCUGGCUCAGCACAGGAUUAGUCGAUUGGUUUUCGAAGGAGCUGGCUCAGCACAGGAUUUUUUCUUUGAUUUUACUCAUCUUUUAGCCCAUGUUCGCACCAAUUGUGUUCUUUAUGUAACUCGUCUUAACCAUUUAGUCUUAACUGUAUUCAAUGUAUGUAAGUUCAUGUGAUGUUUAGCUUGUAAGCGAUGUGGGAGCAGGAGAUGCGCGUGUGGCCACCA